AUGGUCCCGAAGGUAACCGGGGAGCUCGGCUGCUUAGUAGUAAGGCCGAGAGAGGGAGAAACAAGUGAAGAAUGCGAUUGCGAAGAAGCAGAAGAAGAAGAAGAAGAAGACGAUGCUGAUGAUGAUGAUGAAGAGGAGGAAGAGGAGGAGGAGGGCGAAGACGAUGGAGUGGACGAAGAGGCAGUGAGCGAGGUAGAAGAGGCUGACUCCGAAGGAGAGGCAAAGGCAAACGAGCCCGAGGUAGGUGGAGCAUUCGUCCAAUUGGAGUAG